AUGUGGGUGGGUUAGCUGCUGUAUUUACAAGGAACAUCUUAAAGAAGGAGCUUCAUACAGCUGUGAGUGUGACUACGGACACAGUUCCCUCCAUCACGGAGUGCGAGGGUGUCAAAUUCUGCUUUAACUGCUGUUACUGGAAAUGGAGAAUUGUUUGCUGUUUCUUCUGCUCAUGCUGAUGGCUACCCAUCAGCAUGGACUGUGUCAACAGGAGGAAGUUUGCUUCAAGUCGAUGAUCAACUCAUGUGGUGACUGUAUCAGAUCUGGGCAAUACUGUGUGUGGUGCAAACAGCUUAAUUUUACAAAAGCAGGUGAGCAGGAAGCAGUGCGCUGUGACACCAAAGCUCAGUUGAUGAAGAAAGGCUGCAAGAGGGAAGAAAUCAUCUCCCCGAAUAACACUCUAGAGAUUGUGAAGAACGUUCCUUUGUCUGUGUCCUUCAUCCAACAAGAGCCCGUUCAGCUGAGUCCACAGGAAAUUAAUUUGAAACUGCGACCUGGGCUUCCUACCACAUUCAGGGUUUCUUUCAAAAGAGUUCAGGGUUAUCCUGUUGAUCUCUACUACCUGAUGGACCUGUCCUACUCCAUGAAAGAUGACUUGGCAAAUGUCAAAGAACUGGGACAAGAUCUUUUUGCAGCUCUGAAUGAAAUCACUGAAAAUGCUCGUAUAGGGUUUGGUGCGUUUGUUGAUAAGACAGUUCUUCCUUACACUAACACCAAUAAGGAGAAACUGCUGAAGCCAUGUGAUGAGAAUGACCAACAGUGCCAGGCGGCCUUCGGCUACAGACAUGUGCUUAGUAUGACGCCAGACAAAAAUACGUUCAAAACAAAAGUAACACAAGAGUUCAUUUCUGGAAACUUGGACUCUCCAGAAGGUAGUCUGGAUGCUAUGAUGCAGGCAGCCGUGUGUGGGGACAGAAUAGGUUGGAGCAACAGCAGCACUCGGCUGAUUGUGCUGACCACUGAUGCCGGAUUCCACAUGGCCGGAGAUGGAAAAUUAGCUGGCAUACUGGAACCCAAUGAUGAACAGUGCCACAUAGAAAAUAGCUUGUACACCAACAGCAAUGAAAUGGACUACCCAUCUGUUGGACAACUAGCCAUGCAGUUGGAAAAAAACAAUAUUCAGAUGAUAUUUGCAGUGACAGAAAAUGUGGCGAAUGUGUACAAGCAACUCACUAAAAUGAUUCCAAAAUCAGAGGUGGGAGUUCUGUCAUCAGAUUCUAAAAAUGUGGUUGAAUUGAUUAAGAGCGCAUACAAUAGGUUGUCGUCCAAAGUGACCAUGACCCAUGACAAUUUGCCUGAGCAUGUGAGAGUUGUCUACACCCCUGACUGCGAUGCUGCAGGAACAGCAGGGGACAGCAAAGGGAUUUGUGAUAAUGUACGAGUGGGACAGGAGAUUUAUUUUAAUGUCACAGUGACGGUAGACUCAUGUAUUAAAGACAAUUCUUUCACCAUAAGACCACUGGGAAUUAAAGACACAUUGACAGUGACCCUAUCUACAAACUGUGAGUGUCAAUGUGAAGACCCACAGCACAGCAGUCACCCACACUGCAAAGGCAAGGGAAAAGUUAACUGUGGUAUUUGCAGCUGCAGUGAAGGCUCCAUUGGUCAGUUCUGCGAGUGUUCCAUUGGCGAUAAAGACGAGCGCACGCUGCGAGCGUCAUGUCAGAGGCACAACGGCACUGAGUGUGAGGGCCGAGGAGAUUGUGUAUGCGGCAGGUGCCAGUGCCACACCACAGAGAGUGGAAACAGUUACCAUGGUGACUUCUGCGAGUGUGACGAUGAACACUGUGAGAAGUUCCAGAAUAAACAAUGCGGAGGAAACGGUAAAUGCAACUGUGGCAGAUGUGAAUGCUUUUCAGGCUACAAAGGCUCAGCCUGUCAGUGUAAGGUGUCUGAGGAGGGCUGUCAGAUCCUCAACAACACUGUGUGCUUCGGCAGAGGGACCUGCAAGUGUAACCGCUGCGAGUGUAAGGGGGGAUACCAGCAACCACGAUGCCAGACAUGCCUCGGCUGCCCAGACCCCUGCCUGACCAAACUGAACUGCAUUGAAUGCCUUGGCUUUGAGUCCGGUCCCUUUAAAAAAAACUGCAGUGUGGCAUGCAGCAAAAGCAUUCAUCACGAGAUGGUGGAUCAGUUCACCAUACAAAGCAAGAAGUGCAACCAGAAGGACACGGGCGGAUGCUGGAUCAGGUUCAAGCUGGACCAGUUGGUCGGAGAGGAUAACUACAAGGCUGAAAUUCUCAAACAGAGAGGGUCGCGGAGGUAACAGCUCCAGCAGAGAGCCCCAAACUUUCCUUUCCCUUGUCACAUCAACCAGCUCUGACUGGGGGAUUCCAAGGCGCUCCCACGGCAGCGAAAAGAUAUAAUCCCUCCACCUAGUCCUAGGUCUACCCCUCGGUCUCUUCCCAGCGGGACGUGCCUGGAACACCUCCCUAGAGAGGCGCCCAUGUGGCAUCCUCACUAAGUGCCCGAACCACCUCAACUGGCUCCUUUCAACGCGAAGGAGCAGCGGUUCUACUCCGAGUCCCUCCCAGAUGACUGAACUUCUCACUUUAUCCAUAAGGGAGAUGCCAGCCACCCUGCGGAGAAAUCCCAUUUCGGCCGCUUGUAUCCGCAAUCUCGUUCUUUCGGUCAUGACCCAUCCUUCAUGACCAUAGGUGAGGGUAGGAACGAAAAUGGCCCGGUAGACAGAGAGCUUUGCCUUCUGGCUCAGCUCUCUUUUCGUCACAACGGUGCGGUAAAGCGACUGCAGUACCGCUCCCGCUGCUUCGAUUCUCCGGCCCAUCUCACGCUCGAUUGUUCCCUCACUCGAGAACAAGACCCCGAGAUACUUGAACUCCUUCAGUUGGAGUAAGGCUGCAUUCCCUACCUGGAGUCCAUCGGUUUCCUGCUGAGAACCAUGGCCUCAGAUUUGGAGGGGCUGAUCCUCAUCCCAGCCGCUUCACACUCAGCCGCGAACCAAUCCAGUGAGUGCUGAAGGUCACAGACCGAUGAAGCCAUUAGGACCACAUCAUCUGCAAAAAGCAGAGGUGCAAUCCAUAGCCCACCGAACUGCAGACCCCCUCCCCCACGACUACGCCUCGAAAUCCUGUCCAUGAAUAUCACAAACAGGAUUGGUGACAAAGCGCAACCCUGGUGGAGGCCAACCUUCAACGGAAAUCGGUCCGACAUACUACCCAGGACCCGGACACAGCUCUUGCUUUGGGAAUACAGAGAUUGGAUGGCCCUGAGUAGAGACCCCCUCACCCUAUACUCCUGCAGCACCUCCCACAGUAUCUCCCUGGGAACCCAGAGUCAUACGCUUUCUCCAAAUCCACAAAGCACAUGUUGACCGGAUGAGCGUAUCCCAAAAGCUGGUCCGUCGUUCCACGACCAGGACGAAAACCGCAUUGUCCCUCCUCAAUCUCAGGUUCAGCACCUCCUUUCCAGCACCUUAGAAUAAACUUUCCUGGGGAGGCUGAGUGAUGUGAUGCCUCUGUAAUUGGCACACACCCUCUGAUCCCCCUUUUUAAAAAGGGGAACCACCACCCCGGUCUGCCACUCCUUCGGUACUGUUUCCGACUAAGACGCAAUGUUGAUGAGACGUGUCAACCAUGAAAGUCCCUCAACACCCAGAGCCUUCAGCAUUUCUGGGUGGAUCUCAUCCACCCCCGAGGCUUUGCCACUGUGGAGCUCUUUAACUACCUCAGUGACUUCCCCCCAUGAGAUUGGAGUUGAUCCCCCUUCAUACUCCAGCUCCGCCUCUAACAUAAAGAGCGGAGUUGUCGGGUUCAGGAGUUCCUCAAAGUGUUCCUUCCACCGCCCUAACACUCUAUCAGUUGAAAUCAACAGCAUCCCAUCCUUACUGUACACAGCUUGGAUGGUUCCCUGCUUCCCCCUCCUGAGGUGUCGGACAGUUUUCCAGAACAACUUUGGUGCCGACCGAAAGUCCUUCUCCAUGGCUUCUCUGAACUUCUCCCACACCUGCUGCUUUGCCUUGGUCACGGUCAAGGUUUCAAGGUUUCAAGGUUUCAAGGUUUUAUUUGUCAUAUGCACAGCAGAUACAACGUAUAUGUUGGCAAUGAAAAUCUUAUGUCGCGUGCUCCUCCAACAUCUCCACAUACAUGGUGCGAAUAACAUAAAUAAAAUAGUACAAAAAGAGAGAAGAAUAUUUACAGUAACAACAAUAAAGAUUUGAGGAUGUGAAACAUAUACAUAUGUGGAAUACAUUGAGAGUAUUUAAAUACUUGUGGAAUGAGGAGGUAUGGGCAGAUGCAUAUAUUAUGUAUAGCAGAUGUAUAUGGCAGAUAUGUAUAAUAUAUAGAUAUGUGUACUAUAAACAGAUAUGUAUGGCAGAUGUGUAUAA